UCUGCCCAUUUCUCUUUCAGCAACGCUGAAUGGGCUAAAUCUAGCUUCCACCAGACAGGCGUGUCAGGAAGUUGAGGACUCACAGCCGACUUUUAGCACAAGUUUGUUUGCUGUUUUUUUGGCGCGACGUUGUUUCAAGUUUGAUCAAAGCAGACAGACGUUUUAGCUACAAUGCCCGGAAAGAAAGUGUGCAUCGUCGGAUCCGGGAACUGGGGCUCGGCAAUUUCUAAAAUCAUUGGACAGAAUGUGAAGAGGUCCAACAGAUUUGACCCCAUUGUGAAUAUGUGGGUGUUCGAGGAAAUGAUCAAUGACAGAAAGCUGACGGAAAUAAUUAACAUGGAGCACGAGAAUGUGAAAUAUCUCCCCGGUCACAAGCUUCCAAAAAAUGUGGUUGCGGUGCCGGAAAUCGUGGAAGCCAUGGCAGGGGCAGACAUUUUCAUCUUUGUCAUCCCCCACCAGUUCAUUGGAAGGUUGUGCGAUCAAAUGAAGCCUCAUAUCAAGGCAGGAGCUAUGGGGAUUUCCCUCAUUAAAGGUAUCGAUGAAGGCCCCGAGGGUCUGAAGCUCAUUUCGGAAAUCAUCCGAGAGAAGCUGGAGAUUGAGGUUUGCGUGCUGAUGGGCGCCAACAUCGCCAACGAGGUGGCCGAUGAGAAGUUCUGUGAAACGACCAUUGGGGCCAAGAACAAGCAGCAUGGCCAGAUCUUCAAGGAACUGCUGCAAACUCCACAUUUCAGAAUUACUGUAGUGGCAGAGAGUGACACCGUUGAACUUUGUGGGGCUCUAAAGAACAUUGUGGCGGUGGGUGCGGGGUUCUGCGACGGCCUGGGCUUCGGGGACAACACCAAGGCGGCGGUGAUCCGCCUGGGGCUGAUGGAGAUGGUGGCGUUCACCCGGAUCUUCAGCCAGGGGGACGUGAGCUCGGCCACCUUCCUGGAGAGCUGCGGCGUGGCGGACCUCAUCACCACCUGCUACGGGGGCCGCAACCGGAAGGUGGCUGAGGCCUUCGUCACGACCUCCAAGUCCAUCGAGGAGCUGGAAGCUGAGAUGCUGAAUGGGCAGAAGCUGCAAGGCCCACAGACCUCAGCUGAGGUCUACAAGAUACUCAAGAAGAAGGACAUGAUCAACAAAUUUCCGUUGUUUGCCUCCGUGUGCGAGAUCUGCUUUCAUGACCGACCCGUCAAGGACUUCAUCACCUGUCUGCAGAACCAUCCGGAACACAUGUGAUCACCUCACUACAUCCCCUUCUCAAUAUUAUUUGUGCCGACGCGGGCUCCAGGCUGUGACCAGUCUCUGUCAGCAGUUCUCAAGCCCAGUCGCAGGGAACUUUGGGUAUGCUGGUUUUGGUUACAGCCAAUCUCUUGCUCCGUUAAGGUUUUGCGCACACGUCUUUCAUAAUUUUUGCCAUUAACUACCUUAACACUAUGCUGGUUUGUCUCAUUAUUUGCUUUGUUUUUGAAUUCUUCAUUAUCUACAGUACUACAUUAGUUAGUUUUAGUGGUCAGGUAUCCAUACUUAAAAUGUAUGUUUUUAUGUAAUCAUUUGCAAUAUAGCACAAUACGCACAACGGGUUGUCUUUUUAUUCUCAAUGGCAACUAUUUGACAUGGGGAGCAUUUAUUGUUUUUGUGAGAGCGUGAUUGAAUCUAGUACAAUUUGUGCAACUGAAAGCAUACUAAGUGAACUUUUGUCAUUAAAAUGGAAAUGGCAACAACUUUUCUUCUA